AUGGAAAACGGGCCAAACCUGAGUAAGGACUGGCGGUUGGCAUUAGGGACAUUUUACUGUGCCGAGUUAUUCAGGAUCUGCCACCCAGCGUCACAGGCCCGGGCCGGCGGGGCGCGGGGCCACUCGUUCGCAGGCAGCCUGCGGUCCAGGCCGUCUAAGUCAGAGCGACAGACGCAGACAAGCCAGGGAUAUGACCGAGUGGAGCUGAAGCCAGGCAUCACCUGCCCGACUCCCACAUCCGUGGAGCAUGCAGACAUCCGGGUCAAGAAUUACAGCAUCAACUCCAGGGAGCGGUAUGUUUGUAAUUCUGGCUUCAAGCGUAAAGCUGGGACCUCCAGCCUGACCCAGUGUGUGUUUAACGAGACCGCGAAAGUCGCCCACUGGACCACUCCCAACCUCAAGUGCAUCAGAGACCCCUCCCUGAGUCACCAAAGGCCACCCUCCACAGCAGCGCCGACAGGGUUGACCCCAGAGCCAGAGAGCCCCACCCCCUCCGGAAAAGAGCCAGAUCUUACUUCCAAGUCAGACACCAAAGUGGCCACAAGGCCAGCUACUGGACCAGGCUCCAGGUUGCCAUCCACAGCCCCUCCUGUGGGAACCACAGGGGUAGUCAGUAAAGAGACCACCUACGUCCCAGCUCAGACAGCAGCCAAGGCUCCGGAACACACACACCCAGCCUUGCAGGACACGCCCGGUGCAUAUCAGCACAAUCCCAGAGCUGUGACCGCAGCCGUCUCCAUACCUGUCACCGUGCUCUUUGUAGCGUGCCUGCUGUUUCUUCUGGUACGUUGCCGCCUGAGGUCAAGGCAAGCCCACCAGACACCCGGUGUUGAGAUGGAGAGCAUGGAGAGUGUGCCGAUGACCACGGGGGCGGAUGCCAGAGGGGAGGACACGGAAAUCCACCUGCAUGGCCUAGGAGGCUCCGGGGACGCUGAGGCCACCAGAGGCCGCAGUGAAGGCCCAGCUCUUCUCCAGCCAGAGGGGACCUAGGGAAGACUUGGGGCGCUGGCCCCAGGGGGUAGCCCCGAGGGUGAGGAAACAUCCACACAUCAUUUUACCGACUGCCCAGCUCAAGCACCACCCUUACCAGUGGGUUCUCUGGGCUCAGGACAGAUGCCCGCUGUCUGCCUGCCUUGCCUGCCCGCCCUGGGCGUAAGGCCCAGUUCUCAAAGUCCCAGCCGUCAACGGUUACCCGGGAGGGAGUGAAGCCCUCAGGGUUUCCUAUCAGGGCUUUUAUUUCAUCGUGACAUUUAUUCAGGACAGCUUGUCCACUCGAUUCAACCCCAUUCCUCAUCCUGAUCUGCAGGUUACAAAGAAAAGAAACACACCCGAGGCUCCACGUGAACUAAAAGACUCCUCCCAGAUUGGGAGGUGUUAACAAGGAUGACACCAGCAUUUCAGCUUGUAAAACCUUCUCUCGGCCAGGUGCUCUGCGUGCAUGGAAAAGGAGCAGAGACAGACUGUGCCUCGUGGAUCCUCUAGAUUUAAGGAUUCAGAAAGAAGAAAACUUAACUUGCUGAUGUUUUUCUAUAUAUGUGCAUUUAUAUUUAUAUCCGUCUUUUAUAUCUGCAUAUUAUAAGAUUUGUAUUUUGAAAUUGUUACUUGUACAAACAAUAUAAAAUGUCUAUUUUCUAUAUAUAUAUAUAUAUAUAAAGAUUGCA